AACGUCUUACGUAACACUCAGCUUCGGAAAACUUCGUCAUACUUCGUCAUUAGUCGUGUACGGUUGAAGGAUGGAGGAAGAGGCACGCAAGCUUCUCGAAGAAGGAAUAAAAAAGAAGCUGAUCAGUCCCGGUAAAGGAGAGUUGUCGACCUUUCCCAAUGGAACUAAGGUUGUCUUUCACUAUCGCACCAGCCUGUGCAAUGGCACGGUGUUGGAUGACUCCAGGACCAUGGGGGGCCACUGCAAACCCAUGGAGCUAAUGCUGGGCAAGAAGUUUAAACUGUCUGUGUGGGAAAGAGUUGUCAUCACCAUGAGAAAAGGCGAGAUUGCUGAAUUCACCUGUGAUACAAAGCACACAGCGCUGUACCCGCUUGUGUCCCAGUCCCUGAGGAACAUCAGCAUUGGCAAGGACCCCCUGGAGGGCCAGAGGCACUGCUGCGGAAUUGCUCAGAUCCACUCCCACCACUCUUUAGGGCACAAAGACUUGGAUCAUCUUAAGGCGAGCCCACAACCUCUCGUCUUCACCAUUGAGCUGCUGGAGGUUCUUCCACCCGGAUCCUACCAGCUAGAUAUGUGGGCUAUGACUGAUAAAGAGAAGUUCGAUUUUGUGCCUCACGUCCACGAGGAGGGCAACUUGCUCUUCAAGCAAGGCAAAAUUAAGGAAGCAUCAGAGAAAUACUACAAUGGCAUCGCCUGCCUAAAGAACCUGCAGAUGAAGGAGCAUCCUGGAGAUGAACGUUGGAUCAAUUUGGAUCAAAUGAUCACUCCGCUACUUCUCAAUUACUGCCAGUGCCUGUUACAAAUGGGACAGUACUAUGAAGUAAUUGAACACUGCUCCUCUUUGGUCUUCAAAUAUGAGGUAUAUGAUAAUAAGGAUGCUUCUUUAAUCAUCCGCCCUCGCUGUGGAUCCUUCCCAUCAGACAAUGUGAAGGCCUACUACAAGCGGGCCAAGGCUCACGCCGCAGUGUGGAACGAAACAGAGGCCCGGGCCGACUUUACUAAGGUUUUGGAGCUGGACCCGUCUCUGGGACCAUCUGUGUCCAAGGAGCUGAGGGCCAUGGAGGAGAGGAUCCGCUCCAAGGAGAAGGAGGAGAAGGGCCGUUACAAGGGCCUGUUUGACUUCAACACGCGGCCAGCCACAGCCACUACGGGCUGAAGCUCCUCCCUCAGACACGAGCAUGCCGAUGACUUAAAAGAGGGAGGGAAAAAAACGGAAGACACACUCUGUGUUUUAGUUUAUCCAAAGCCAAAUAUGCUGCCAACCCUGUUCACGACUUUCAUUCCUGCCUCACUCAUCUGGACUCACAAUUAAUGUAAAAAAACAUUUUUUAAAGUGCACUGAAGCGUGCUGAUAUCAUCAGCUGGACUUCAAAAUUCCUGGUCCAUAAUUUAUCUUUGGUUUGCAUACCCCCGCAGAACCAUUUCAGCACAUCUUUUUCCCUCCCCUAAAUUUUCUAGACUCCAAAUUCAGAUGUUCUGCUCUAUUUGGCCUCUAAGGUUUCAGAAUUUUUUAGUAUUCUUGCUCUUGGCUGUAAACAUCCAGCUCAACUGCAAUAUUAAGAUCUUUCACAACUAUACGGUGGGUGAACCCAUCCCCCCCCACCCCUCCUCUAAUGAUUAAUUCACUACUUUUUUCUUUCUUUCUUCUUUAAAUCACAGCACUAUAAAACAAGUAGAAUAAGAAGAAUGAUAGUUUGCCUUUCCUUAAAUACUCAAAAAGCUGUCACUUCCACAAAGAGGAAAAUUAUCUUUUUGGGGGGGGUUGGAGGCACACUUGGUGUCCACUAUUGCCAACAAGCUCACCUUACCACAUGGAGGGUGGAACAUGGGGCCGAAGAAGUCUGUGACAAUCAUGUGUAAAAGACAUACGCUUGCGUUUUCUUUGCUUUCCCUUAUGUACUUAUUUCAUGUAUUUAAAAUCUAUUAUUUUGAUGUUGCUGUAAUUCCGAUGUACUAAAACACCUCACUGCAUCCUCCUGUCUGGCAAAGAGCGACUUGUUGCACGCGAUGCGGCGAGUAAUUAACCUGUGAGAUAUUACUUUACUUUUGUUGGUUUUCUUUUAUACAAUGCAUUCAGUAGAUCUUUCUUUAGCUGUGCAGUUUUCAGAUAUUCAUCAAUGUGAAAUCCAAAUAAAGAUAUAAAGAAAAAA